GCUUCCAGGUGGGAGUGAACUGCGUCCCUGGACCGCCCGCGCCAGGGCCCGCCGGCCCGCGCACGCGAGCGGAGCGGGCGCUUCAUGCUGGCCGGAGCCCUCGCGUGCCUCGUGCUGCUGCCCAGCGCCUGGGUCUGCGUCCGCUGCACGGUGCCCGGCGCGGGGAGGUCGAGCUUCGUUGACGCGUACACGCGCGCGGCCGACGCGUACUCGCUGGUGCGGCAGGACGGCGCGGCCGAGGACCGCGACCGCGAGGACGGCCGCUGGACGUCGGACGAGGACUUCUGGAGGUGGAGCCGGGCCGCCGUGGGCCUGCCGGAGCCGAGGAGCGGCAGCCGCGAGGGCGCCCUGGAGGAGAGCGCGCGAAGCCCCCGCGGCUGCCGGCGCGGCGCCAAGCCGCCCACGUCGCGAACCGCGACUUCCUACGUGCAGGUCUGCAGAGGCGCGGCGCGCGGCGGGGCAGACCCGAAGAUCCGCCGCAUUCAGAGAGGGCCCGCCGCCUGCUGAGAAAGCCCUUCUGCUGGGUAUCUCCGUCCGGGGAAGCGUAGGACUCGAGCAGGCCCGGACUCGGGCUUGCCGACGUCUUCGACGAGCGCGUCCUGGAUUUUGGAGGUCCAGUGUUCGUAGGAUACGGGCACGAUGCCCAGCAGCAGCUCCUGUCCAUUGUGAACAGGACUCGCUGUCUGCGCCGCCGCGGCCGCUGCUCUUUGAAGACAAGAAGCCGCCCUCCC